CAAAACAGCACAGCAAUUGAUUGUGUUUUUUUUUAAAUGUUUUUGGUCGGACCAUAAAACAAAAAUCAAAUGCACAGUGGUCCAGGUUUCCACUUCCAUUUGUUGUCUGUAAUUACCUACCUGUAAGCAACCCCGGGGAAGAAAGACAAAACGCACAACACGCUACAGAACAAACCCCAACAAUCCACAUCAGAUUGUCAGAAAAUCGCGUUUCCUUAACGCCCUUCUUUAUUCGCGCGUUUCCACGCCUGCCCUUGAUCAAAUCCCAUGAUGGGGGGAAGAGAAUCUCGUCUCUCAUCGAUGAUGGAGGUGAAGAGGAAGAAGAUAUGCUAUUCAUCUGUUUGUUUAAGGAAUCACUGGAAUUUUAAGGAUUGAUUAAUCUAAUCUGUUGAUUGAACAAAUAUAAACAGUAAAUAAAUAUGAGAGAAAAGAGGGAUUUUGGGCCUGUGCUGCUCAAAUUUGGGGUAGCUGUGGCUCUGUCUAUUGGUGGAAUUCUUUAUACCAUUUUGAGAAACAAAAGAACCAAGCCAUCCAAACGCCCUCCCUCAAAAGGUGGUGAGCAUGGUGAACAUGUGGAUCGCUCUUUGCAGGGUACACCCCGCUGUCGUCCCGAUCAAUCCUCACAAACUACUCCCCGUGCUCGCCCUGAUCAAUCCGUGCAGAAUACACCUCGUGCUCGUAGUUCUAGUUCUAUGGCACCAGAGUCUCAACCCUUGCAGAAUACACCCCGUGCUCGUGGUUCUAGUUCUCUGGCACCAGAGUCACAAUCCUCGCAGAACACACCCCGGGCUCGGGCUUCUGGUUCUAUGGCACCGGAGUCACAAUCCUUGCAGAAUACGCCCCGUGCUCGUAUUUCUGGUUCCAUGGGACCAGAGAUGCAAUCCUUGCAGACUACACCUCGGGCUCGUGCUUCUGGCUCUAUGGCAACAGAGAUACAAACCUUGCAUAGUACACCUCGUGCUCGAGGUUCUAGUUCUCUGGCACCAGAGAAACAAGAAGAUGUAUCUAUAAGUGAAGGUGUUGCGGAUGUAUGUAGUCCAUCAACUAGCUUUAGAUCUGAAGGAAAGGAUGAUGGGCUCCUCUUGCCGGAGUUCAAUGAUCUUGUGAGGGACUUUGGUUUAGCUACAUCGAAACCUGGUUUUUCUCCGGGAAAAGAUGUUGAAAGGAAUGAACGCGAGAAAGAAAUCAGGAGCUUAAAAGACAACAUUAAAUUUCUCAAGGAAAGGGAGAGGAACCUCGAGAUCAAACUGCUCGAGUAUUAUGGACUUAAAGAGCAAGAAACUGUUGUGAUGGAGCUUCAAAAUCGAAUAAAAAUCAACAGCAUGGAGGUCAAGCUGUUCACUCUCAAGAUUGAGUCUUUGAAGGCGGAUAAAAAGAGACUAGAGGCGCAAGUUGCUGAUUAUGCAAAGGUUGUGACAGAACUCGAAGCAGCAAAAAUAAAGAUAAAACAGCUCAAGAGGAAACUAAGGUCUGAAGCUGAGCAUAGCAAGGGGCAGAUUUGUGCCCUUCAGGAAAGAGUUAUGAAGAUGCACGACGAGGAAAAGAAGGCUCUCGAAACGCUGCACCAUCAGGAAAAAAAGGCGAUUGAAACGGAGUCAUCAGGUGCUCAUACGAAGCUCCAAAAACGGGAGGACUUACAGAUAGAAGCCGAAGAACUAAGGAAUUCUAACAACACGUUGAGGAUUGAGAAUUCUGAACUGGCUCAGAGGUUAGAAUAUGUUCAGAUCCUUGCCAAUUCUGUUCUGGACGACGAAGAGACAGAAGCAUUGAAGACAGAAAGUGACCGUUUAAGGAAACAGAACGAGGAUAUGGCAAAGGAAAUCGAGCAGCUCCAAGCAGACAGAUGUAGUGAUGCUGAAGAGCUCGUUUAUCUGCGGUGGGUAAACGCCUGCCUGCGCUACGAGCUGAGAAACUACCAGCCCGACCCUGGCAAAACGAUCGCGAGGGAUCUUAGCAAGACGCUAAGCCCCAAGUCAGAGGAGAAAGCGAAGAACCUGAUUAUGGAAUAUGCACACAAAGAAGGCUCUUCUGACAAGAUGACUACUAACAGCAACGACUUCGAUUCUGACUGGUCAUCCUCCCAAGCCUCAUAUCAAACCGACUCAGGCGAACUCGACGACACAUCUAUUGACAACACUUCAUCUGCAGCCCAGAAAGCAGUUAACACGUCACGCAAAAGAAAAGUCUUCAGCAAGCUCAUGAGGCUGAUUCGGGGAAAGGACCAUUCUCGCAGACUCUCUCAGGACAAAGCUCCAUCUGCAGCAGACGAUUCCUCGAGAAAAUUCCAUGGCCAUUCUCCAGCUAGCACUUCGGGCGAUGCUGGCCAUGACAGCAGCUUCAACAGCAGGUCGAGAACUUUGUCUCAGGGCUCAACCAGACACUCUUUCCACGGAACACAGCAAGACGGGAUCAUCAGACACGACAGAAAGAGCGAUGCCUCCCCGGGUGGUGGCUUGCGUAGAACCGAUUCCACCCCAGCAUCCCUCAACAAUUCACCUCAAGAAAAUUUCAAAUCUGAUAUAGUGAAAUAUGCACAAGCAUUGAAGGAAACUCGAGCUCUACCUUCGUUCCGCAGGAGGUCAGCAUCAUUUGAAUCCUUAGUAUCCUAGUUUAAUCCUAGUUUAAGGUUGCUCUAUUCUGAGCUCUGCAGACCACACAUUUAGAAGUGCCUUGUACAGGACUAUAGAAACUUGCAUAUAUAAACUUUUUGGAUAUGAUGUCAAAGAAAUGUAUAUAUAUAAAUAAAAUGCGGUUGAGCAUGA